CACAAACAGAACCAGACACCUUUUAGCAACAUACAAAUCGAUCACCAACAAACUCCUUAGCAACAACCAUAAAACAUGGCAUCGGAUGAGUCCACUCCUACAUCAGGAUACGAUGUUGAUAAACAGCGAUUUAUCUGAAGUAUAUUAUACACAACCAGUCCUUGUGCAACUGCUACUACUUUUCACUGGGACAAGAUAACCACAGGUGAACAAUAAAGAUGCCAGGAAGUGUGUACUCCGACCGCACCGCUACGUCGCGAUCAUCGAGGUCGUAUGCGAGCGCAGCAGCGAAAACGAGGCCAAUACGGAAAGCGGCUCGGCGGGAUGUUGUGACUGGUACGCAGCUUGCUAAAAAAACAAAGAAUGAAUAUGAGAAUGAGUUUGGGAAUCUAGAUCUUACAACACUUAUCCUGAUGCAACUCGUUGUAAUAGAACUAAAAGUACCUACUAGCACAACUCUUAAACACGCGGGAAGAAGCAGAUAUUCACUGAAUAUACACGAAGACGAAUGACAUUUGAAUUGACCCGCUCCUAAGUCUCCUCCAGGUGAUGUUCUUCACAACCCCUUUAAACCGGAAGUGAUGAGUGCCCUUCGGAGUCGAGGAGGAGCAAUGUGGCUGCGCGGGGCAGUAGAACACCUCAGCGGAGAGGAAGCGUACUGCAAAUUUGAUUGAGUGCGUCUCGUGAAGAUUGUGUAUGUGGAAACACAAAACAAAAGAAGAAAUACAUGAUGAAAAUGAAAAUCAUGACAAGUACACGGAAGAACAAGUGCAUGAUCGAACCUAGAAGUACAACAACAUCUGCAUACAAAUCCAUUUAUACACAGCCUGCACUACAAUCACGGUUUAUACGGCGCGAUGAAGAAUCUAGGAAAUUUUGAGCAUGAUUUCAACGAGCUCUUUGGUUUAAGCCCGACUGAGGCGCGUCUGAACAAGACUCUGCUAAACCGACUUACGGUUGCGCUCGAACACGUCGCAGUCAACAGGCAUGACGGACAGGUAAAGUUGAUAUGGCUAGAUGAAUAGGUACUACUCAGGAUCUAUCUAUGUAUCUGAAUCUGAUUGUCUUCUACAUUUUCGUGUGAUUAUAAUCAUGAAUAACCUCGACCUCGUACUUACUUACGCUUACUAGCAUCUUGAACCUAUAAUAAAUCCGUCUUCGUCUUCGUCCACCAGGGUCGAACAUUAGACAUCAUGCAGUUUACGCAAGCCUGUCAUCAAUGCGGUUUGGCGCAAAUGCUGCGGCCGCUCGUAAUAGAGAAGAUGUUUAAUGCAAUCGACCAUAAUGAGGACGGUCUCAUGUGCUUUCGGGAGUGGCUACGGAAGCUGGAUUCCGUGCACCCUGCCACGAGCCGAAGAAACAGCGCAGCAUCGACGCAGUUAGACGAUCGCGACAGCCCCGGAGGAGACAAGAUGAAUCCACCUAGUUCGACUGGGAAAACGAAUCAUGCAGCAACGUCAGGAGUGAUUCCUACUGCUGCAGAUGCGGCACCUAUGCACGGUGGAGGUGGAGCUUCUAGCUCUUGUGCUGGUCGCGCUGCAGCACAGCCCAGUGGUGCAUUAAUAAGUAGAGGAGCUGUUGGAGCUAGUGCAGUGACUGCAACCGCGACAACUGGGGGAGCAAAACAGAUGAACUACGAAGACGAGGAUUUUGAGGACGAAAUCAUAGAAGAUGAAGACGAUUCGUACACUAACAGCUAUGCGUCGGGCCAGUUGGCAGCUGCACGAGCUGGCAUACCGAACGCCAAUGACAGUGGCGCAAGUCAAGUCAGUAGUAAGAGCACUGUGGCCAGCGAACGCGAGGUAGUAACUACCAAUCAUGCGUCGAACAACGUGGUUGUAUCAACAUCCACUUCUACAAAACAAGGAGGAGUUGUCCUCGGACAAGGCGUAAUGCUUCCCGCCACAAAGGAGCUUCUCGAUGGCGGCAGCAAAAGCGGCAAGCGCGUGAUCUCGAAUAUCAUCGACGAAGCAAUGACGGAGAUGGCUUCUAUACCAGAAAAUCGCAGGGUGGUGCAGUUGAAGUAGUUCUUGCGACUGGUAAAACGGUUGCUACAUCAGACUUCACAUUCACAUCUAUCAAAAUUACUUUGAACGUUCGAUAUUUUUUUGUGCACCAUUGAUUGCAUUUUGUACAGAAUGGACAUUGAGGAGACUCCUUUUAGAGCCAGACCUGAAAGAUGAGGUGAGGAAAUUGUAGUCGGUCAUGUAGUUGUACUUACAUUACUAGAAAAAACAACUUUUUUUCAAAAUAUCAGAUCCUCCAAGGAACAAGAGGUGAAAUAUUGUAAGGAUGAACAGUCUUGAGCUAGUUCUUCACUCAUCAUUAAUAUUGCUGUCGUGAAAUGAUUUCUGCGUCUGGGUCUGAAGAUUCUCGUUCAUAGAAUGUUCCUACUACUAGCCAUUCUAAAAGGAAUAUCUUGUCACCUACUUACACCUACACUUAGUGAAUACUUCUCAAGUAUUCGCCUCGAAAUUAAAUCCAAUAUACCGAUGCUUGGGCGUGGUGGAGAUACAGAUUACUCGCUAAUCGUAGCGCGUCUUCUGACUCGCCUGUCCCGAAAAAAAUGAUUUCUGAAACGAAUAUAAAAACUUAAAGCUCAUGAAGAUUUACCUUAUUCCUUCCUCGAACCAGCCAUUUAUGAUAAUAAGCCAACGAGCACUUAGUUAUUUCAUUACUUACUUGUUAUUGCUCUCUAGUGUGCACCUCGUCGAUCCAUUCUAUUGAUAUUCUACGCACCCCGCGGCACAACAGAGAUCAUAGUACCUGGAAGAAGAUCAUGGUACUAGUACUAGUUACAACAACAUCAACAUCUACUACCUGAAGAUUAAUAUGACCUUCACCGACAGUCUGAGAAAUGUGCAUCCACAUUUCACGUCUACUCGCCGCCACGGACAUUUUUGCUGCAGAUACGUGUUUUCCAUUAGAGCUGAAAACUCGACUUCGAAAUCCAUUCCAAUCCAUGUUAUUGAUCCCCGUCACCUGAAGUCGAAACUCCACACGCUUCUACUACUUGCUUCAAUC